AUGAUGCUAUACACUUCUCGUCCGAGGCUCCCACAGUCGCCAACUCCUGCUCUCUUCCCUCCCACCAUCGUCUCUGCAGCCUCUCAUAAUCCCAUCCGCUCGUCAGCAUCGAAGCCAUCUCUCCCCUCAAAGCUAGCCGUAGUCGAAAUAGAAACACACAUCGUCGCAUCCGAAUCUGCCAAUCCAGCCGUCGCCAACAUUCCACCACACGCGAGUAACCCAAAGCAUGCACAGAGCAACAAGAGAUCAUCCGCAAUCACAGUCACCGUCACGCCCAUCCGAUCUGAGACGCCUUCUCCAUCCGAAGUCGAUGCAGACAUGGGGAAACACGUCUCUCCGGCUGUGUCUACCGUCUCGGAUGAGUUGAGUCUGAUCAUCAGGCCGGCAACUCCAACCAGUCCUGUUCAAAUCCCCAAGGCCAACGGCCGCAACAAACAUUUCGACGCCGCUCGCCCUGUGAGACGACAAAACGCCCCCCGUCGCAAGGUUCCGAAUCAUGUUCGCUCGCCAGAGUCUCUCUCCCCAUCAGUGGCUGCUCUGCUGGCCGUCACUGACAUACCACGACCCCGACGGACGCAACGGAAACUCCUAGGGGCGGACAGACUGUUAACCGUCGAUGCCAUCAUUGACAAUGAGCGCCAACUUUCGGAGAAGGAGAUUAGCUGGUCGUUGAGUCGUGGCAGUCCUAUGGAUGUAUUGAUGUCGCCCCCCGACAGCUUGGACGAAGAAUUCCUGGGCAGUGACUGCGGCAGUGUCUCAAUGGCCAGAACACUUUCCAUCGAUUCAAUGCCGUCUUUGGGAGACUCUUAUGGCACCGACGUGAUCUCGUCUAUCGAAUCCCCUCGAAGCUUGAGUCCUCAACCCUUGCAUCGGAGAAAGGCCAGCCCGAUGCGUAAGUCGCUUGGGCCCAUCCGCUCUCCUCCUAACACCAUCGAUGAGCAUCCGCUCUCGCCAAAGCCGCCGCAGGAUGAGGAUGACUUGGAGGACUCGCUGAGCCUCAAGAGCUCAGAUGCCGACCAAUCAACUUCUCAAGCGUUUAUACCUUUCAAGCCCCUCAGGGCUGUCUUCAAGUCUAAUCUUACGGCAUCACUACGUGCGCUGCGAUCUGCAGCAAAGUCGUUUUCAAGCAUCAACUUUCCGUCCAUCCCUCCAGAUGAUCUCAUUACGCGAUCCAUCCUCACCAUGGACCCCGAAGUGCCAUAUGCCGAUGAGCGCCGACCACCCGUUACGGAGGAAAUCCCAUCAGCUGAGCUACGUCGUUAUCUGAAUCCUACCACAAGGCUGUCGCUCGAGUCACAGUCUCGACCUCUACAGCAGCCAGGCACUUUCGUCGCAUCUAUCCAAAUGCAAACCUACAAGAUUCAGCGGUCCCGACCCACAGACGCUGCGGCGGCACGCAAAUCGUACCCAUCUAUCUCACCGCUUUCUCCGUCGCCUCCCGUAAACGAGGCCCCUUCAGACUCGACUCGAGACGUGACAACACCACCUCUUCCGGCUGUACGGCAGCGAGAGAUGCGAGAAAACCCCGAUUUUAUUCGAAUUGCCGUCAUGGAAAUGAUCAUGCGCCGACGAGGCAAGCUGGACAACAACAAGCCUGGCCGUGCUCGAUGGGCACUACCACCCAGGAAAACAUCGGCUAAACCCUAUGAGAUUGGAGCCGAUGGUGUUCCAGAGCGAUGGAUUCCUCUGCCAAUAGCUGGUUAG